AUGCUCGAGAGGCUCGAGCACCAACUCACUGCUGUCCGUGAUGAUGCAGAAAUGGAAUUGCCUGCCGUCAUUCGCAUCGCUGCACAAGCGAGUCUUCUAGUGGUUGGAAAGUACUAUGCUUUGACUGACGAUACAGAUGUGUACCGAAUUGCCAUUGUCAUGUGCCCGGACAAGAAGCUCGAAUGGUUUAACAAGAACCCUGACUGGCGUUCAGAGGAUCGCGCGGAAGCGGCCCGCAUUUUACAAGCACGUUGGACUGAGGCAUAUGCAGGGGCAUCAUUUGGCCAAUCCAGCCGUGCAUCGACUGUCACGCACGCCGCGCCCUCACAGAAGAGGGGGAAGUGGGCUAGCUCCUUCCGCGAUGAUGCAUCAACUAGCAGUCAUCCUAUUGACAGUAUUGAGGCUUAUCUGGAGUCACCCCUCGUUUCGAGUGACGACAUCAGACUAGCAGGGGGUGUAUUGGGAUACUGGGCUCAAGCUUCUCACGCUCGCCCUCGACUUGCUCAAAUGGCACUCGACUACUUAACUGCUCCAGCCGAGUCAGCAUCAUCCGUGGAUGCUGAGCGAGCAUUUUCUGGGGGACGACUGACUGUCAACCACCUUCAACACCAGAUGUCAUCUCAGACAUUCAAAGCUCAGGUCGCGGUCGGCUCAUGGGUAGGCACUCCGUUAUUGCCGGACGUGAAGGCAUGUGCGGAGUUCAUCGAGACGAAAAAAAGGCCUGCAGGGGAUAAGGGAAAAGCGCGGGAAGUUGUUGCGGUUGAGUAG